AAUUCAAUACUGCAAAAAAGCCUUCUCUCUGCACACGUAAAUUAGAGCUAUAAAACGAGCAAUUCCCCAUUCACCUUUCUCACUUUUCUUUCCAUUUUCAUGAAAAAAAAAUAUUAGGAUAUUAUUAUUAUUAUUAUUACCAUAAAAAAAUAUGCAUAAAUUUUUCGCAGCAAGGUCUUUGAAAUCUGCUUUAUUCAGAAUCAAGAAUCAGCAGAAGCCACAAUUUGCUGCGUUUUCAACUUCAUUACUCUUCGAUGAUACGCAGAAACAGUUUAAAGAAAGUGUGGCACAAUUUGCUCAAGAGAAUAUUGCCCCCCAUGCUGAAAAUAUAGAUAGAACGAAUUAUUUCCCUAAGGAUGUUAAUUUGUGGAAACUAAUGGGGGAUUUUAAUCUCCAUGGUAUUACGGUGCCAGAGGAAUAUGGGGGACUUGGCCUUGGUUAUCUGUAUCACUGCAUAGCCAUGGAAGAGAUUAGUCGAGCAUCAGGGUCAGUUGGCCUAUCUUAUGGUGCCCACACAAACCUAUGCAUUAAUCAGUUGGUUAGAAAUGGAACCCAUGAGCAGAAGCACAAGUAUCUACCAAAGCUAAUCAGUGGUGAGCAUGUGGGGGCUCUAGCUAUGAGUGAACCUAAUGCUGGAUCAGAUGUUGUUAGCAUGAAGUGCAAAGCUGAUCUUGUUGAGGGUGGUUAUGUUCUGAAUGGAAAUAAAAUGUGGUGCACAAAUGGUCCAACAGCUCAGACGCUGGUUAUUUAUGCAAAAACAGAUGUCUCAGCUGGUUCAAAAGGAAUCACAGCAUUCAUUAUCGAGAAGGGAAUGACAGGAUUCUCUACGGCCCAGAAAUUAGACAAACUUGGGAUGCGAGGAAGUGAUACAUGUGAGCUUGUGUUUGAGAACUGUUUCGUUCCUGAAGAAAAUGUUCUGGGGCAAGUAGGAAAAGGAGUUUAUGUCCUGAUGUCGGGGCUCGAUCUGGAAAGACUCGUUUUGGCAUCUGGUCCUGUUGGAAUUAUGCAAGCUUGUCUCGAUGUUGUUCUCCCGUAUGUUAAACAACGUGAACAAUUUGGGCGACCAAUUGGAGAAUUUCAAUUUGUACAGGGAAAAAUUGCUGACAUGUACACGUCUAUGCAAUCUUCAAGAUCUUAUCUCUAUUCUGUUGCAAGGGAAUGUGACAGCGGGACGAUUGAUACGAAGGAUUGUGCUGGUGUCAUACUCUCUGCUGCUGAAAGAGCAACCCAAGUUGCUCUUCAGGCUAUUCAGUGUCUUGGAGGCAAUGGCUACGUGAAUGAGUACCCGACUGGACGUCUUCUCCGAGAUGCCAAACUGUAUGAGAUUGGUGCAGGCACAAGUGAGAUCAGAAGAAUGAUAAUAGGCCGCGAACUCUUUAAAGAACAAUGACUUUGACAUAAAUAGUUUAUCGAGCUCGUUGGGAAAAAAGUAAAAUUUGACACACACACACACCCAUCUUUUCUUUUCAUUUUGAAUAAAAGAAAGAAAGUUAUUCCCUUUAUUUUUUGUGAAUGAACAAUGUAUUAAUUUGUCCAUUGGGGAAUAAAACCAUUAUUUCAAGGAA